CGAACGGCUUAACACAGUAGUUGCUACCUUAAACCAGCAGAUGUCAGUACUGCAAUCGAAUGAAUGGUGCUUGCAGCAUUGACUUCCGACGAAGAAGGGUAGCGUAGCUUGCUGAGCAGGAAGAGGGGAAGAUGUCGCUGACUAGCUUUUUACCGGCGCCUACUCAGCUCUCACAAGAUCAGCUGGAAGCAGAAGACCGACUUCGUGCCCAGAAGUCGUACUCAACUGCCUUGGUUGCUUCUCGGAGAGAGCCACCUCCUUACGGGCACAGAAAUGGAUGGGUGCCUCGAGCUGUCGAGGACUUUGGAGAUGGGGGUGCUUUUCCAGAGAUUCAUGUGGCACAGUUUCCUCUGGAGAUGGGUAGGCAAAAGAAAACCUCCAAUGCCUUGACCAUGCAAGUGGAUGCGGAGGGAAAAGUCAAAUAUGAUGCCAUUGCAAGACAAGGUCAAAGUAAGGAAAAGGUGAUCUUCAGUAAGUAUACAGAUCUACUUCCUAAAGAAGUGAUGAAUGAAGACACCCCAGAGCUACAGAAGCCAGAUGAGGAAGCUGUCCAAGAGCUGACUGAGAAGACUCGUGCGGCCCUCAGCAAGCAGGUAUCCCAAAAAAUUGCUGCUGCCAUGCCUGUACGAGCAGCAGACAAACAAGCCCCAGCACAGUACAUCAGAUACACGCCAUCCCAGCAGGGAGUGGCUUUCAAUUCUGGAGCCAAACAGAGAGUGAUCCGCAUGGUGGAAAUGCAGAAAGACCCCAUGGAACCACCACGCUUCAAAAUCAACAAGAAGAUCCCUCGUGGACCUCCUUCCCCCCCAGCACCUGUCAUGCAUUCUCCAAGCAGAAAGAUGACAGUUAAGGAACAGCAGGAAUGGAAGAUUCCUCCAUGCAUCUCCAACUGGAAGAACGCUAAGGGUUACACCAUCCCUCUAGAUAAGCGUCUGGCGGCUGAUGGCAGGGGGCUGCAGACCGUUCACAUCAAUGAAAACUUUGCCAAGCUGGCUGAGGCUCUCUACAUUGCUGAUAGAAAAGCCAGAGAGGCAGUGGAAAUGAGAGCCCAGGUAGAAAAGAAGAUGGCCCAAAAGGAGAAAGAAAAGAAAGAGGAGAAACUCAGGGAAUUGGCCCAAAUGGCCCGAGAUCGCAGAGCAGGAAUUAAAAGCCAUGGUGACAAAGGUGGCGAGGACAGCGAAGCAAGGGAGCGCGAUGAGAUCCGGCACGACCGAAGGAAAGAGAGACAACACGACCGGAACAUUUCCAGGGCAGCGCCUGAUAAGAGAUCCAAACUCCAGCGGGACCAGGAACGAGACAUUAGUGAGGUCAUCGCACUUGGUAUGCCUAACCCUCGCACCACCAACGAGGCUCAAUUUGACCAGCGACUUUUCAACCAGAGUAAAGGAAUGGAUAGCGGUUUUGCUGGUGGUGAGGAUGAGACGUACAAUGUGUACGACCAGCCUUUCCGCGGUGGCAGAGACAUGGCCUCCAACAUCUACCGACCCAGCAAAGCCAUCGACAAGGACGCCUAUGCCGAUGACUUUGACACACUCAUGCAAAACAACAGGUUUGUCCCCGACAAAGAGUUCUCAGGCGCUGACCACGGCCAAAGACGCGAGGGGCCUGUCCAGUUCGAGGAGGACCCCUUCGGCCUGGAUAAAUUCUUGGAGGAGGCCAAACAGCAUGGUGGCUCAAAGAGAGCGUCCACCAGCAGCCGUUCCAAGGACGAUUACCACGACAAGAAGCGCAGAAAGGAGUGAGGACCCAAGGGCACGACCUAGAGAAUGGGAUGAUUUGUCGUCACACAGGUGUUUCAAUCCACUCAAACAUCUGUAAGGAUUUUUGGGGGGGAGGAAGGGACAUGAAUGAAUGAUAAAAUUCCCAAUUUUAAUCUUUUUUUUUAAUACGUAUGUACAGUCUGACCAAUGCCAUUUGAAAUGCAAAAGGUAGUAUGGGAGCUUCUUUCCUGGAAGUGUGUAGAUUUAAUGUACCUUUGAUUUCACUCAUUUACAAACAAAAAAAAAGACUUUUUUUCUUGCAACACCUUUUUUUUGUCAGUUGUAUUGUAUUUGUCUGUAUAGGUGUUGGUAUUGUCACCCUAUAUUGGAUUAUUUGAUUGCAGUUAAAGCCUGAAAGCAAAACACCCUUGUAAUCCUUGUACAACUACGGAAUAAAUUUAAUGUCGUGUGUCAAAGUU